AUGCAAAUCAAAGCUUCCAGUUGUUUGGCUCGUGGCCAGCCAGGUGUGCUACACCAUAUAAAUCCCCGUCUUCUCGCGUUCGAACAUACCCGAGGUUCUCGUCGGAAACCACACACCUUAAUCUUUGUCGGCGGAUUGGGCGACGGUCUCGGCACAGUAGAAUAUCUUGCUGAUCUCGCAGAAGCUUUUGAAUCAACCGAAUGGACAAUAUUCAACUUAAACCUGAGCUGCUCCCUCGGGGGCUGGGGAAUGGGCCGCCUCGGCCAGGACAUUGAUGAAAUCGCCGCAUGUGUGCAAUAUGUUCGAGAAUACAAGGAGCCAUUUUACGGUACCGGAAAAAUCAUUCUUAUGGGUUCUUCAACGGGCUGCCAAGAUGUUAUGCAUUAUAUCAGUUGCCCGAAUCCACGACCGGCACAUCCUAUUUUUGAUCGCGAGUGGAUGCCCAUUGUACGCCCACCUGUUGAUGGAACCAUUAUGCAGGCCCCCGUGUCGGAUCGUGAAGGUAUUCUUUACGUUUUAGAACAAGGGACCGAACGAAAUACACCCGAAGAAAUGCGUGGGAUCUAUGACAAUGCAGUUGAAAAUGCAAAGAACAAUACAUAUGAAAAGGGCGAGGGGGUAGAUACCGUGGUGCCUUUAUCAGUCACUGGAAGGAUUGGAUAUGGUAACUUUACGCCGCUUAGCAGUCGACGAUUUCUAAGCUUGACUAGUCCUGAUAGUCCUGAAAAUCCAGAGGAAGAUGAUCUCUUCAGCUCGGAUCUUAGUGACCAACGCCUUGCUGAGACAUUUGGAAUGGUUGGGGAAAGAGGUUUGCUAAAGGGAAAACUCUUGUCAUUGUACUCGGGUCGCGAUCAGUCUGUUCCUCCAUGGGUUCAUAAAGGCGCGUUGAUGAACCGAUGGGAAAAUGCCAUUGAUGCUGGAGGAAAGGAAUUCUGGGAUCCACGGAGUUUAGUCAUUCCCAAUGCCUCACACCAACUGAGUGAUCCCGAUCAAGCGGAGCCAAGACGGAUUCUGCUGCAAAGAGUGACUGGAUUCAUAUACGACACUCAACGAUCUACACCAUGA